AAUCGCAUUCACGCUCCGUGCUGCGCACAUAGGCUGCGCAGCACGACACGGGAAAUUUGCUGUCGUCACACCCGGAGCAGCAUGCUAUCCCAGCUUGCUUAUCUGGACUGAAGGCCUAGCUACUGUAAUUGCAUAACAAGCUACAGGCUUCUAGAAAGUCGUGGAAAUGACUGGGCAUUUCCCCGACUGAGUCUGGUUAUUGCAACAUAUAUUACAGACAGACAACAGACCGCUAAGCCACACACUUGGUGGGUCUCUGUCUGAUGAUGGAAAGAUGACUGUUUGCUAGCUACCAAGCUGGUCCUUUAACUAGCUAAAAGGAAGCAUAAUUAGCCAGCUCGCUACGGUGUGGUGACAUAAAAAUUGGACUAGCAACAGGAACUCAGCUGAUUGGCUGUCUACAGCAGGGAGAACAGGAAGUGGCAGGCUGAGGCUGGCAGCCAUGCUGUGCUGGGGAAAUGCCUCCUUUGGUCAGCUUGGCUUGGGUGGGAUCGAUGAGGAGGUUGUGUUGGAGCCCAAGGACUGUCCGUUCUUUAAAGGGCAGGUGAUCUGUGAGGUUGGCUGUGGCCUUCGGCACACAGCCUUUCUUUUGGGGGAUGGCACAGUGUACACCUGUGGCUGCAAUGAUCUUGGGCAGCUGGGACAUGAGAAAUCCAGGAAAAAACCAGAACAGGUGGGAGCACUAGAUGCUCAGAUCAUUGUGGGCGUGUCCUGCGGAGAGGCCCACACCCUUGCGCUGAAUGACAAGGGCCAGGUGUUUGCCUGGGGCCUGGCCUCCGAUGGACAGCUGGGCUUUACGAGUGCGGAGGAGUGCACCCGUGUCCCUCGAAACAUCAAGAGCUUAUCAGAAGUUCAGGUUGCUCAAGUGGCUUGUGGGUUCCGUCACUCCCUUGCUUUGGCCAAAGGAGGCAGUGUGUACUCUUGGGGUCAGAAUAAAUACGGACAGCUGGGAUUGGGGUCUGAUGGCAAAAACAAGACCUCUCCCUGUGUGAUCCAGUCCCUUCAUGGGAUCCCGUUUGCGCAGGUAGCAGCGGGGGGCGCCCACAGUUUUGCCCUCACCCUGUCGGGAGCAGUGUUUGGGUGGGGGCGCAACAAGUUUGGGCAAUUGGGCGUCAAUGACAAUAAUGACAGACACUUUCCUGUCUUGCUGAAAUCACUCCGUUCUCAGAGGGUGGUGUACAUCUGCUGUGGAGAAGAUCACACGGCCGCUCUAACGAAGGAGGGUGGAGUUUUUACAUUUGGAGCCGGGGGAUAUGGUCAGCUGGGACAUAACAGCACAAACCACGAGAUUAACCCCCGCAAGGUGUUUGAGCUCAUGGGAAAUGUAGUUACACAGAUUGCCUGUGGUAGGCAGCACACACUGGCGUUCAUCCCUUCCUCUGGGAAGAUUGACUCUUUUGGACUGGGAGGGAAUGGCCAGCUUGGCACUCGCUCCGCAUGCAACCGGAAAAGCCCGGCUCCAGUGAAGGGCACCUGGAUGUCAAACAACGGGCCCAGUGCCCCGAGCACAGAUGCUCAUCGGUCUUUCAGUGUGAAGAGAAUAUUUGCUGGUGGGGACCAGAGCUUUGCCCAUUACUCCGCUUCUCAGAAUUCCUUAGAUGUCCGAGUACCUGACCCUGACAGACACAUUUAUACGCUGAACCCAGAUGUUAUUCAGCGUUGGCUGAGUCAUACACAAGGAAGACUGCCUCUGGAGAUUGCCAAUGAGAUUGAGACCGUGUUCUCUUCUGCAAGUUGCCUCAACGGGAGCUUUUUGUCUGAAAGCCACCCGGAUCAUUACAACACGAGUAGCAGAUGCUCUGGAGUGGACAUGAACGCCGCACGCCUCUUGUUUCACAGAUUGACCGGACCCAACUUCCCACAUAUCACACAGCAGAUUGCUGCCAGUUUAGAGAAGACCCUGAUCCCCGGGCUUACCAGCUCUCCUCCAGACAUCGAAGCUCUGCGUCUCUACCUCACUCUGCCCGAGUGCCCGUUGUUUCACGACCCCAACACUUACCAGACUCUCGCUAUCCCAUUGGGGAAGGCGGUCAUCAGCUUGAAACCGGCACCGCUUAAGGUCCUCGAAAAUUGGUGGUCAAAAUUUGAGCCUCCAGUCUUCCAAAGGCUUGUGGAUCUGUACAAGGAGGUGGUGCUGAGCCUCUUGAGAAUACAGAAGAUCGGCAUUGCCCCUUCAGAGCACAGAACUCUCACCUGCUUUCUUCAUACUGCUCUCAAGUUCCUGGGGAUUCUACAUGUUGUGAAUGAAAGAGCAGGUUAUAUCCUAGAGUAUGACAGGUUCUACAUUCACGAGUUGGGUGAUCUCAUUGACAUCAGAGCUGACUACAUCAACUGGAUUCAACAGCAGAUGUUUUCAGUGGUGCCAGAGUAUCCAAUAACCAUGUGCAGAUACCCAUUUGUAUUUGACGCUCAAGCAAAGACAACAUUGCUUCAGACUGAUGCAAUGUUACAGAUGCAGAUGGCAGUUGACCAGGCACAGAGGCAAAACUUCUCUUCCCUCUUCCUGCCUGUGGUGGAGUCCGUGGACCCCUGCCUGAUUCUCAUUGUCAGGAGGGACAAUAUCGUGGAGGACACAGUCGAGGUCCUGAGGAAAUCCAAGAACAUUGACUACAAGAAGCCCCUGAAGGUGAUUUUUGUUGGGGAAGAGGCUGUGGAUGCAGGAGGUGUACGGAAAGAGUUCUUCCUACUUAUAAUGAGAGAGCUUCUUGACCCUAAAUAUGGAAUGUUUAGGUACUAUGAGGAAUCGAGGCUGAUCUGGUUUUCCAACAAGACAUUUGAAGACAUUGAUUUGUUUCACCUGAUUGGGGUCGUCUGUGGAUUGGCCAUCUAUAACCUGACUAUCGUGGAGCUGAACUUCCCUGUAGCGCUGUACAAAAAGCUGCUGAAGAGGAAGCCAACACUGGAUGAUCUGAAGGAGCUCAUGCCUGACGUUGGAAGGAAUUUACAGCUCCUGUUGGAUUACACAGAAGACGAUGUGGAAGACGCCUUUUGUUUGAACUUUACUGUUACAGUGGAAAAUUUUGGUGCAACAGAAGUACUUGAACUUGUCAGAGAUGGUAUGGAUAUCAGCGUGAAUAAUUCAAACAGGCUGGAAUAUGUUAAUGCAUACGUGGACUACAUUUUCAACAUGUCUGUGGCGGAGCUGUUUGACGCAUUCUACGCUGGAUUCCAUAAAGUGUGUGGAGGGAAAGUUCUCGAGCUGUUUCAACCCAGCGAACUCCAGGCAAUGGUCAUUGGAAACACCAACUACGACUGGAAAGAACUGGAAAUGGGUACUGAAUACAAAGGAGAAUACUGGCGUGAACAUCCUACGAUAAAAUUCUUCUGGGAAGUGUUCCAUGAAUUGCCUUUGGAAAAGAAAAAACAGUUUCUUUUGUUUCUGACCGGAAGCGACCGCAUUCCCAUCUUGGGAAUGAAGAAUCUGGCUCUGGUCAUUCAGCCUACGGGUGGAGGGGAUCAGUACCUGCCUGUGGCACACACCUGCUUUAACCUGCUGGACCUGCCCAAGUACAGCAGCAAAGAGGUGCUGGAGGAGAAGCUCAUUCAGGCCAUCAAUCACUACGAAGGCUUUAAUCUGGUCUAGAAACAACACUAAGAACAACUGCAAAGGAUAUACAGACUAUAAAUAAACACCCAAGGCCUAAGAUAGUUUAAGAUUGCUACAAAAAUCGGCUGCAACGAUCCAACCUAAAACACAUCUAUUCAUUAGUUUUUACAGCGUUAUUUUUCGCCUACUUGCCUGCCUGAAUUCUGCCAAAAGAUGAGAAACGGUGCGCCUUUCUGAAUGAGUGAACAAACUCUUAUUAAUGUACAAUGCUGUGAUCGUACCUUAUCUGUUCAAAAGCAAAUGCUGUGGAGAGCAUGCUUCAGGACAUUUCUGGGGUCUCAAAAAUCAGCUUAAGUUCUUCAACAACCACUUGUUUGUAUUUUCAUUUUUUUUUUUUGAUAGAUAUGUAAAGCUUUCCAUGCUAGCGCAUCCACUUUAAUGACUGAACACUGUUCACAUUGUUCGAAGUCAAUGCAUAAAUAUACAAUUAAUUGUCAUUCCCCCCAUCACCCAGUAUUUCGACAGUUAAUCCAUAGUGAAAGGAAAUGCAACAGAAUUCAAAUGAACAUUUUAUUCUAACUUAUAUUUUGAAAAGGGGAUGUUAAAUAGAUUCUACCGACUGUUGAAAAUAAACCAAGCUCUUAAGUGUU